AUGCCCAAGUGUAAGGAGAAAUCACGACGACGAAUGAAUCUCAAGGACUACAAUGAGGUGUGUGAGGAGGCUGACAACUUUAUCAAACUUGCAGAGCGAGGACUCAGCACCACGAUGACUAUGACAGGUGACGAUAAGCUUAUUAAAACUUUUGAAUGUCAAAACAAGUGUGAGCGUUACAAAAACAUAAUGCGUAAUUUUUUGAAAAAAUAUGAAUUUUUACCUUAUCAAAAAUCAAGAUGUUUGAAUUUAAACCAAAAGAUAGAAUAUUUGUGUUGCCAUUUUGAAGUAUUAAUUAAACGCGGUGCGGGUGUGCAAAUGGAGAAUGAAAGAUUGAAAUGGGUAAAUUUUGAUAAGGCAUUCGAUGAUCGUUUACAAACCAGUGCUAUUAUGAAUUUAUCGUAUAAAGAUAUUAACUUGUUCUUGGAUGAUGCCUUUGCUUUAUUCGAAAUUAAUAUUCAAAAAGCUUUAAACAGGUUUGGUCCACUAAAAGUUUAUACCGUGUUAGGCGCGAAAUUUGUUAAAGAUUCCAUUGACGGUAAAACACAAGAAAUAUCAGAUUUAAAGACAUUUAUCGCGAAAACCGGUGAAAUUUUAGUUACAACCCCAUUAGAUGACUGGUACAAUGUUCAUGUUAAACAAGUAACCCUAAAAAGAAUGGAGGAAUUCCAAGAGAAAGAUUCUAAUUGGAGACUUCAUUCUAUUGAAAGGUUGGAAGUUAACAUUAACAAAUACAACCCAAUGCGUGCAAGCUCGUAUAUCAAUUUGCCAUCUGCUAUCAAUAGAAAACAUGCCUGCAUAAAUGUUCAAAACGCUGAUAACACAUGUUUUAAAUGGUCAAUAUUGUCAGCGUUAUAUCCCUCAGAUAAUAAGCAUGCACACAGAGUUGCAAAAUACAGGCAAUAUGAAGAUUCACUCGAUUUUACUGGAAUUGAAUUUCCAGUUGCACUUAAAGAUAUUUCAAAGUUUGAGACUUUAAACAACAUUUCAGUCAACGUUUACGGCCUUGUCAAAAGAGAUGAAAAAUUUAGUGUUUCACCUCUACAUCUAUCAUCACAAAAGAAAAUUCAUCAUGUUAACCUUUUACGAGUUGAAGACCACUACAUUGAUGAAAAUCACGAAGAAGAAGAAGAGGAGGAGGAGGAGGAUGAAGUUGCUAUCAUGUCAUUCAACUACCAUUAUGUCUGGAUCAAGGAUUUGUCGAGACUCGUCAGUUCAGACUUAUCAAAGAAGAAGAACAAAAAAUACAUCUGUGAUCGCUGCUUACACUAUUUUGGAGAAGAAUCUAAGCUGAACGAACAUGAAGAAACUUGUAGAGUGAUGAACGACACAAGAAUUAAAUUGCCUCAACUUGGAAAAAAUAUCCUUGAAUUUCAACAUUUCCAAAACAAAGAACGUGUGCCUUUUAUUAUCUAUGCGGAUUGUGAGAGUCUUUUAAUUCCUACAGAAGCACCAAAAGAAAUAUUCAAUACAGAAGUGUUUCAAAAUCAUGAAACUCUCAGUAUUAGAUAUUACUUGAAGUGCGCUUUUGAUGAUUCUUUGUCUGUAUACAAAGCAUCUCCAAGAGAUGAGGAGUAUCCAGCAAAGUGGUUUUCAAAGGAAUUAAAAAAUUUGGCUGACAAUAUAGAUUCUCUAUUUAAAAAUCCUGUGCCCAUGGAAACUCUAAGUUCUCAGCAAUGGGUAGCUUUUCGAAAUGAUAGCACAUGUCAUAUUUGUAAAAAGAAAAUCGAGCCUGGACAAGUAAAAGUAAGAGACCAUUGUCAUCUAACAGGGAAGUUUCGUGGACCCGCGCAUCAAGAAUGUAAUAUUAAUUACCAUGAAUCGCAAACCAUACCUGUUGUCUUUCAUAACCUAAGCGGCUAUGAUGCACACUUUAUUAUUGAAUCUAUUGCUACUGAAUUUGAAGGUAAUGUUUAUCUCCUCCCCAUAAAUAAAGAAAAAUAUAUUAGUUUUACUAAAAAUGUAAAAGGUAGUUUUAUCAAAUUUCGUUUUAUCGAUUCUUUUAAAUUCAUGGCAUCAUCAUUGGACAAGUUAGCAUCCUAUCUUAAUGAGUACAAAAUUGUUAAUUCUGUUUUUUCCAACUAUAGUGAUGACAAAAUUCAAUUGUUAACGCGAAAAGUAGUUUUUCCCUACGAGUACAUUGAUUCAAGGGAAAAACUCAAUGAAACAGAGUUACCACCCAAAGAAAAAUUUUAUAGCACUUUAAACGAUUCGAAUGUCUCUGAUGAUGAUUAUACCCACGCGCAGAAAGUUUGGAAUGAAUUCAAUUGUCAAAAUCUCGGUGAUUACGUAUACUUGUACAUGCAAACCGAUAUAUUGUUACUCGCGGACAUUUUUGAAAAUUUUAGAAAUCAAUGUUUAGUCGCGUACGGUCUUGACGCAGCGCAUUAUUAUACAACACCGGGACUAACAUGGGAUGCCAUGUUGAAGUACACGGAAAUAAGAUUGGAACUCCUCACUGACAUUGACAUGGUAAUGUUUAUAGAACGUGGUAUAAGAGGUGGAGUGAGUCAGUGCAUGAAUCGUUACGCAAAAGCUAAUAAUCAUUAUAUGAAGAAUUACAAUGAGAGUGAGGAAACAUCUUAUAUCAUGUACUUUGACGCUAACAACCUGUACGGUUGGGCAAUGGUUCAGUCACUUUCCUAUGGUGGCUUUAAGUGGGUAGAGAAUGUCGAUAAUAGUUUUGAUUUCAAUGUUGCAGACGAUGCGCCUACGGGUUACAUUUUGGAAGUUGAUUUGGAUUAUCCAGAUCAGCUUCAUGAUAAACACAGCGAUUUUCCAUUUUGUCCAGAACGCUCGAAGCCACCAGUGUCAAAACAGGAGAAGCUCCUAACUACCCUCCUACCGAAACGAAAGCACGUUCUCCAUUAUCGUGCCUUAAAACAAGCUAUUGACAACGGUCUCGUGUUAGUUAAAAUUCAUCGCGUCUUGAAAUUCGAACAAUCCAUGUGGUUAAAAAGUUACAUCGACUUUAAUACUACGAAAAGAACAAAUGCCAGUAAUGAAUUUGAGAAAAACUUGUUUAAAUUAAUGAACAACGCGGUAUUUGGCAAAACAAUAGAGAACGUGCGAAAACAUGUUGAUAUUAAACUCGUAACAAAGUGGGAGGGUAGAUAUGGAGCUGAAGCUUUAAUUUCCAAACCUAACUUCCACAGCAGAGCCAUUUUCAAUGAAAACUUGGUUGCUGUGGAACUUAGAAAAAUGGAAGUUCUAAUGAACAAACCACUUUAUAUUGGUUUAACCGUGCUAGAUGUUUCAAAAACGCUAAUCUAUGAUUUUCACUAUGAUUAUAUGCUGAAAAAAUAUGAUGAAAAGAAACUAAAAUUGUUGUACACUGACACCGAUAGCCUUAUUUAUGGAAUCAAGUGCUGUAACAUUUACGAAGACAUGAAGAAAGAUAUUCAAAAGUUUGAUACCUCUGAUUACCCAACAAAUAACGUGUACAAUAUUCCGCAAGCCAACAAAAAAGUUUUAGGUCUCAUGAAAGAUGAGUGCAGUGGAAAAAUUGGAACAGAAUUUGUUGGCUUGCGGAGCAAAAUGUACAGCGUUCGCGUAGAAGAGAAAGAUUUAAUAAAAAAGGCUAAAGGUGUCAAAGCAGGAGUUGUGAAGAAAAAUAUUGACUUUGAUGAUUAUGUUUAUUGUCUGCGAAAUGUUAAAAUCCAAUCGAGGACGCAAUAUUGUAUUCGGUCGAAACUGCACAAUGUACAAACAUUAAAGCAAACGAAGAUUGCACUUAGCCCAUAUGAUGAUAAAAGAUAUUUAUUAGCAAACAGCACUGACACCCUUGCAUGGGGUCAUUGUAAAAUAGUACAAUAUAUGCACGAUGAUAAUGAUGAUGAACCAAUGUAA